AUGUCGUCCGCCACUGCCAAGGAUCGCGAAGCACUCGCAAGCGAGAGAAGUUCGACGCCGAAGCGUCUUCCCGAGGAUCUCUUCGCGUGGGAGAAACCACUGAAGCCCGCAAAGCGCGCUCGCGUCACACCUACCGACGACGAACCACCCCAGUCAUUCAGUGGGCCCUCUUUCCAGCUCACCAGUCGCGACGACCCACCAGACGUCGAUAUGCAUUCCGACGCCGAAUCUGACUCGGACGCGUCGGAAGAUAACUUGAAUGAUGACUCGAACUACUACGUGCAUAACCAGGACACGCAUGCAGCAGCCAAGGAUGGGAAGGCCGCGAAGAUUCUGGGGGCGGACUUGCCGUCGGCUGGGGACAAGUAUGGUUGGGUUGAAGAAUUGUUUAUCACGGAGAAUGUUGAUGGGGAAGGGAAAAGAGGCAAGGAAGAGUUUGAUCAGCUCGUUAUUGAGCUGGAUAGUUCGGAUGAGGAGGCUAUUGGGAUCUUGACUUGUGCUACUUCUACAAUGACUAUCUAG